AUGUUACUUACGCAAAAAAUAAAUAAAAAAAAUGAGGAACCAAAUUCCUGUGCUUGGAUUUCGUGUGAUGUUUCUGUGUUGCAGCGACGUCUUCAACCCAUCAAAACCCUAACACAGAGUUUCGCCCACUCCUCGAAGCCUUGUGUGUUCUCCGACACGGUUUCGCCUGUCGGAAUCCCUAAUUCAGCAAUGGCGGCUUCGGCUUUGAGGGACCAGGCCCUCUCUCUCCUCGCUGCGGCCAAUAACCACGGCGAUUUGGCGGUGAAGCUCUCCUCUCUCCGACAGGUGAAGGAGAUUUUGUUGUUAGUGGACCCGUCUCUUUCCGCCGAGCUUUUCCCUUAUCUUGCGGAGCUCCAGUCGUCGCGUGAACCUCUUGUCCGUAAAUCGCUUAUCGAGAUUAUUGAGAAGGUUGGUUUGAGGAUGAUGGAACACUCUUAUGUUCUAGUGGGUGUGUUGCUAGCAUUGUUAAGGGACAAUGAUCCCGUUGUAGCGAAGCAAUCUAUUUCUUCUGGCACGAAAUUCUUUUGCAGCGUGGUGGAGGAGAUGGCAUUGCAGUUUAUUCAUCGCGGUAAUGUUGAGCGGUGGGCGAGAGAACUAUGGACGUGGCUGGUUAAGUUCAAAGAAACUGCCGUUGCUAUUAUAUUUGAGCCUGGUUCUGUGGGAGUGAAGGUUUUGGCGCUAAAAUUUAUGGAGACGUUUGUUUUACUUUUUACUCCUGAAGCUUCUGAUUCUGAGAAACUUUCUAAUGAAGGAGGCCAGCGGAGGUUCAACAUUUCCUGGCUUUCUGGUGGCCACCCCAUUCUGAAUCCAUCAAUUCUUGUGUCAGAUGCAAAUAGGACAGUUGGCGUUUUAUUAGAUUUGUUACAGUCAGCUGGUCAUCUUCCGGGUGCAUUGACAACAACUGUUGUUAGUUGUCUUGCAGCAGUAGCAAAGAAGAGGCCUGUACAUUACAAUACUGUUCUUUCUGCGUUGCUGGAUUUCCACCCAAAUCUUGAAGCUACGAAGGGAUGCCAUGCUGCAAGCGUCCAGUAUUCAAUUAGAACUGCCUUUCUGGGAUUUCUUAGAUGUACUAUUUCACCCACUGUAGAGUCGAGGGACAAGCUCCUAAGAGCUUUAUGUGCGAUGAAUGCUGCGGAUGCUGCUGAACAAGCAAUCCGUCAAGCUGAUAAAAUGAUUAGAAAUAAUGAACGUGCUGCACGGGAAAAUUGGUCAGGCAAGACUAACCAGGUGAUGAAUCAUCAAAAUCUUUCUUGGGAUCUGUCAAUGAAACGAAUAAUGCCUCAGGAUGAUGAGGAUGCACCUAACGGAGAGGUUGCUUCCAAGCGUGUAUGCUACAAUCCUAGCAGGCAUUCAAUUCCGCAAGUUCUAUCUAGUGAUUCUCCUCUGGACUCUGUGGCUGUCAAUGGCAUUUCCUCUGGUGGUCGUAAUUCGGAUGGUGAUUUGACUCCAGUUGAACAAAUGGUUGCAAUGAUUGGUGCUUUGCUUGCGGAAGGAGACAGAGGAGCUGAAUCACUUGAAAUUCUCAUUUCUAAGCUCCAUCCAGAUAUGCUUGCGGACAUUGUAAUAACCAACAUGAAGCACUUGCCUAAGAAUCCCGCUCCAUUGACAAAGCUUUCAAAUGUACCUCAAAAUCAGUCUACUGGUUCACUGGGUAAUCCAGCUGAGAUUUCAUCAUCCCCUUCUCUUAAAAAUUCCAUGCCUUCUCCAGCUUUGCAAACACAACUUCCUUUACCUUCACAUGUUGCUGGAGGAUCAUCAUCGACUGAGGUGCCUAGCUCGAAUAAUAUGGUUGUAGAAUCUAGACGUGAUCCAAGAAGGGAUCCUCGCCGCCUGGAUCCAAGGCGUGCAAAUGCAUUGGUCAUACAAGCAUCACUACCUGUUUCUGAGGGAAAAGACUCAGUUUCACCGGAGAUUGAUGUCUCUGCCUUACCAAAUAAGUCCCUCUUGGCUCCCAUUUUGACAGAAGAUGCAAGAGGUCCAGCACACAGAAUGACAGGUGUUCGAAGUGAUAAUAAACUUAUGGAGAGUCCGGAAGUCCCCGGAAUCAAUCAGCUUGAUGGCAGUGAGGAUGACUUGGCUGCUCCCAAAGAUGGUGUAGGUUUCCGUAAGGACAAAGCAUCUUCUGAUAUUCAACUUUCUCCUUGCCGGGUUGAUGAUGAUAUCAGGGAAACAGAGUGUUCAGGUGCUGAAGCAAAGUACGAUUUGGAUUCGGCAUCUCCAUUAGAGUUUGAUCAGCACUCUCCUUCCACAUCAAACAUAACUGCCUCGGAGGACACCUACCGAGAAUUGCCAUCUGUUCCAUCAUAUGUUGAGCUAACCAUAGAGCAAUGCAGAACUAUAGGGAAGUUGGCUAUUGAACGUAUAAUUAGAUCACAUAGGCACGUGUCUGGGCUGGACUCUAACAAGAUUCGAAUGGCGUUGCUUGCGCGGUUGAUUGCAAAGAUUGAUGCUGGUGACGAUGUUGCAGCAGUGCUCAGAGAGCACAUUCUUGUGGAUUAUCGAGAACAUAUGGGGCACGAACUUGUGUUACAUGUUCUGUACCAUCUGCAUUCUACAGCAAUGCUGGACACAGAUGAAUCCCCUACCUGUUCUACUGUUUAUGAAACUUUUCUCAUAGCUGUGGCACGGUCGUUGUUGGAUGUUCUCCCUGCUUCAGACAAGUCUUUCAGCAGACUUUUUGGAGAAGCUCCCCAUUUACCUGAUUCAGCCAUAAAGCUAUUGGAUGAUCUCUGCUCUUCCUCUGAUCUUGACCCAAAUGGAAGAGAAGUCCGUGAUAGUGAGCGUGUCACCCAAGGGCUUGGUGCUGUAUGGAGUUUAGUUAUAGGGCGUCCAAAUGAACGACAAGCAUGCUUAGCUAUAGCUUUGAAGUCCUCUGUUCAUUCUGAAGAUGACAUACGAGCAAAAGCUAUCCGACUUGUCACAAACAAACUCUAUCACUUGACAUAUGUAUCGCAACAUAUUGAGCAAUUUGCAACAGAUAUGUUGCUUACUGCUGUAAAUUCUGAGACAGAUUUCUCACAAGCUGGAGUUGUUCCACAGAGAGUUGAAACAGAGGUUGAAAACCAGAGAACAUCCACGAGUACCUCUCAGGUUAUAAGCUCUGGAACAUCUGAUGUUGGCUCUCAAAAGGAUUCACAACCUUCUCUUGAUGUUUCUGCUAUGUCAUUUCCUGAAGCUCAGAGACUAACUUCUUUGUUUUUUGCUUUAUGUAAAAAGAAACCUAGUCUCCUUCACCUCGUCUUUGAAGUUUAUGGACGAGCUCCAAAACCAGUAAAACAGGCGUUUCACCGACAUAUUCCUAUUCUGAUACGGGCACUGGGUUCAUCUUAUUCUGAGCUGCUCCAAAUAGUAUCUGAUCCUCCUGCAGGAAGUGAAAAUUUGUUGACAUUGGUACUGCAAGUAUUGACACAAGAAACAUUGCCCCCGCCAGAUUUGAUUGCUACUGUAAAGCAUCUAUAUGAAACUAAACUAAAGGACGUUUCCAUUCUUAUUCCAUUGUUGUCUUCGCUCUCGAAAGAUGAGGUUUUGCCUAUCUUUCCUCGGCUCGUUAAUCUGCCACUGGAUAAGUUCCAAAUGGCACUUGCUCACAUAUUGCAGGGUUCUGCUCACACGGGUCCAGCCCUAACGCCUGCAGAAGUACUGAUUGCUAUUCAUGGCAUUGUUCCUGAAAAGGAUGGUCCCCCACUCAAGAAGAUAACAGAUGCAUGCUCGGCUUGCUUUGAACAACGCACUGUUUUCACACAGCAAGUCUUGGCAAAGGCCCUCAGCCAAAUGGUUGAUCAAACUCCUCUUCCGCUACUCUUCAUGAGGACAGUAAUUCAGGCAAUCGAUGCUUUUCCAAAACUGGUUGAUUUUGUCAUGGAAAUCCUCUCCAAGCUGGUCAGUAAGCAGAUCUGGAAAUUGCCAAAGUUAUGGGUCGGGUUCGUGAAAUGCGUCUCUCAGACACAGCCACAUUCUUACCCUGUUUUGUUAAAGUUACCGCCGACACAACUGGAGAAUACACUGGCCAAAUAUCCAAACCUCAAACCUUCUCUAGCUGUUUACGCGAACAAGCCAACUGUUAAAGCUUCUUUACCCAGUUCAACUCUCGUGGUUCUCGGGAUGCCAAGUGAGCAAGAUUUGCAACCUCUGUACGAUCAGCCAUUGCACCCGUCGGAUGCGAGUUCUUCAAUUCAUGGAGCAACGUUAACGUAAUCAUUUUCCUGAGUUUCUUGAAGCCACGUCGUUCAUAGUCCCUUCAGUGAUUGCCGAUCACACAAAAAAAGGCGGUUUUUUGUGUUUUUUUGGGUGAGGGAGAUGAAGAAACUCUAGUCGUCGUAACACAUGAUGCCAGUCUCCGAGAGCGGAAUCGGCGCCAUCAAGCGAUCGCUCGGGGGCCGGCCCCAACCUCCAUUGGUUCUGUUGAUGGAUGUAAUUUUUCUUUCAUGUGUUUGUGUGUGUAUAUAUAAUAUAAUUAUGUAUUAUCAUAUGAAACUUUCUGCCGAAAUGGUAUGUAUGAACGAACGAACUGUUUGAUUGAUCUUCUGGGAGUAGUCUGGUGGUGGCUACGGCACCUAGGGCUUAAUAAUCGUAACAAUUAUGUUUUUUUUCAA